GUGUUCAUGUCCCUAUAAAAGGUGCUCUGGGGUUUAGGGUUGCGUUGAUCACGCCGCCCCUGAGUUUUUCGUCUUCGGCAUUUCCAGAUCCCGACCUGUGCUAAUGGCCACGAUUCCUGAACCGCUCAUCUGGGAGAUUGUGAAAAAGAACAAUGCUUUCCUUGUGAAGCAGUAUGGCAGCGGCACUAACAAGGUGGUGUUCAGCAGGGAACCUAACAAUCUCUACAAUCUUAAUUCCUACAAGCACUCUGGGUUGGCAAACAAGAAGACAGUGAGCAUUCUGCCUGGAGAUAAGGACCUUAAUGUUACUCUUGUCACAACUAAGACUAAGAAGCAGAAUAAGCCUGCAAACUUGCGUAACAGAACGGAACUGAAGAAAGAGUUCUUCAAGAUGGCUAAAAUUGUGAAGAGUCAGGUGACUGAUAAUUACUACAGACCAGAUCUAACUAAAGCUGCUCUUGCACGGCUGAGUGCGGUUCAUCGCAGCCUUAAGGUUGCGAAGUUUGGUGUUAAGAAGAGGAGACAAGCUGCAAAAGCCAAGAACUAGGUCAAGGAUGGGUGGUUGAUUGUCAUUUAGACAGUGUUCCUUGUUUUGUUCUCUGAUCACUCUAUUUACUGUCAAUGUGUGAGCGUUAGAAACAAAUUUCAUAAUUUCACAUGAGUUCCUUUUAGCUUAUUGGUAUGUGAUCCUUGCUUCCAUGGGGAAAACUGUUGUUUUUGUUUGUUUUGAUGAUGCCAUAAUGUUUCAAGAACUCA